AUGGCAUCAGAAACCAUGAAGGCCCCCAUAUGUCUGGUGGAAAAUAAGAACAAGAAGCUGUCAGUGAAUCGAAGAGCCAUCGAGAUUCUUAACAGUAUUUCCCAUCCUGUGGUGGUGGUGGGCAUUGUGGGCAUGUACCGCACAGGAAAAUCAUACCUGAUGAACUGCCUGGCUGGACAGAACAAUGGCUUCCCUCUGGGCUCCACAGUACAGUCUCAAACCAAGGGCAUCUGGAUGUGGUGUGUGCCCCACCCCACCAAGCCAAAUCACACCCUCAUCCUUCUAGACACCGAGGGCCUUGGGGAUGUAGAAAAGGGUGACCCUACAAAUGAUGCCUGGAUCUUUGCCCUGGCUGUUCUUCUGAGCAGCACUUUUGUCUACAACAGCAUGAGCACCAUCAACAAUGAUGCCCUGGAGAAGUUGCAUUAUGUGACAAAGCUCACAGAGCUCAUUAGAGCAAAGUCCUCUCCACGAUCUAAUGCUAUAGAAGAUGCUGGAGAGUUUGUGAGUUUCUUUCCGGACUUUAUCUGGACUGUACGGGACUUCACCCUGGAGCUGAAGUUGGAUGGUCAGUGCAUCACAGAAGAUGACUACCUGGAGAAAGCUUUGAAGCUAAUUCCAGGGCAGAAUCCCCAAAUCCAGACAUCCAACUGGUCCAGGGAAUGCAUCAGACAAUUUUUUCCCAGGCGGAAAUGUUUUGUCUUUGACUGGCCAGUGAGCGACCCACAGCUCUUAGCCAAGAUUGAGAGCAUACCAGAAAGUCAAUUGAAUCCUAAAUUCCAGAAGCAAUCGAAGACUUUCUGUUCUUAUAUCUUCACCCAUGCAAGCACCAAGAAACUCAAAGAGGGAGUCCUGGUCACCGGGAACCGACUGGGGACUCUAGUGGAGACGUAUGUGGAUACAAUAAACAGCGGGACAGUUCCUUGCUUGGAGAAUGCGGUGAAAACACUGGCCGAGCAUGAGAACUCCGUAGCUGUGCAGAGGGCAGUUGACCACUACAGCGAGCAGAUGGCCCAGAGCGUGAGGCUCCCUACAGACACUCUCCAGGAGCUGCUGGAUGUGCAUGCAGCCUGUGAGAAGGAAGCCAUCGCUGUCUUCAUGGAGCACUCCUUCUUGGAUGACCAGUGGGAGUUCCAGAAGAAGCUUGUGGCUACCGUAGAGAAAAGGAAGGAAGCAUUCAUGCAGCAGAAUGAAGCAGCAUCUCUCAGUUACUGCCAGGCCGAACUGGAAAAGCUUUCGGAGUCACUGACGGAGGACAUCUCGUGUGGAGCUUUUUCUGUUCCUGGUGGGCACAGCCUCUACUUAGAAGUCAGGAAAAAGGUUGAGCAGGCCUACAAACAAGUGCCUAGGAAGGGAGUGAAGGCAAAUGAGGUGUUCCAGAACUUCCUAAAGUCACAGAUAACUAUAGAAGAUUCCAUCUUGCAGUCAGAUAAAGCUCUCACUGAUGGGCAGAAAGCCAUGGCAGCUGAGCAGGCCAAGAAGGAGGCAGCUGAGAAGGAACUGGAGCUAAUGAGGCAGCAACAGACAGAGCGAGAGCAAGCAAAGGAGGCUCAAAUGAGAACUUUGUCAGAAAACAUGGCCCAGCUGCAGAAGAAGAUGGAAAGUGAAAGGGAGAACCUACUGAGAGAGCAGGAGAGGGUACUGGAUCACAAGAUCAAGGCUCUAAAAGAACUAAUUCUUGAUGGAGUUGAGGAGAAAUAUGAUGAUUUAAGAAGAGAAAUAAAGCUAAAAGAAGAAGAGAUUGAAGACAUUAAACACAGCUCCAUUCAGAAUAUCCUUGAUAUUGCUAGCAAUAUAUUAACUGAAUCACUUCCUGUGUUAUGUAAUAUAGGGAUGCAGAUUCUCAGCUCCUAUGUCCUAGGUUAA